CAGGGCUUGAGAGACUCAGCGGUUGUUAACAAGACAACUACUGAAACAUGGUGGAUUACUAUGAAGUUCUGGGAGUGCAAAAGCAUGCCUCAGCAGAAGAUAUUAAAAAAGCGUACCGUAAAUUGGCAUUAAAAUGGCACCCUGAUAAAAAUCCAGACAAUAAAGAAGAGGCAGAACGGCAAUUUAAACAAGUAGCUGAGGCCUAUGAAGUUUUGUCAGAUGCUAAAAAACGUGACAUCUAUGACAGAUACGGAAAAGAAGGCUUAAUAAAUGGAGGCGGAGGUGGAAAUCAUCACGAUAAUCCGUUUGAAUUUGGAUUUACAUUCCGUAACCCAGAAGAUGUCUUCAGGGAGUUUUUUGGUGGAAGGGACCCCUUUUCAUUUGAUUUCUUUG